GGGAGGCGGGGUCGGCAUUGGCGCCCGCCCCUCCCCGCCGCCGACCUGCGCCCGAGUGCGGGAGCCGGAGCCGGAGCUGGAGCCGGAGCCCAGAGCCCAGAACCGAGAGCCCGAGCCGGGCGUCCCGCCCGCGGCACCAUGGAGGCGCAGGCCCGAGGUUUGCUGGAGACAGAGCCGCUGCAAGGAAGAGAUGAGGACACAGUAGCCAGCACUGACUUCUCCAGCAUGCUCUCCGAGGAGGAGAAGGAGGAGCUGAAGGCAGAGUUAGUUCAGCUGGAGGACGAAAUCACAACACUGCGACAAGUGCUGUCGGUGAAGGAGCGGCACCUGGCAGAGAUCAGACAGAAGCUGGGCAUGAGCCUGAUGGACGAGUUGAAGCAGAACUUCAGCAGGAGCUGGCACGAUGUGCAGACCACAGCCGCCUACAAGAAGACGCAGGAGACCCUGAGCCAUGCAGGGCAGAAGGCCACGGCGGCAUUCAGCAACGUGGGCACAGCCAUCAGCAGGAAGCUCGGGGACAUGCGGUCUCACUCCAUCGGCUACUCCAUCCGCCAUUCCAUAAGUAUGCCUGCUAUGAGGAAUUCUCCUACUUUCAAAUCAUUUGAGGAGAGGGUUGAGACAACUGUCACGAGCAUUAAGACGAAAGUAGGUGGGACGAACCAAGGCGGCGGAGGCAACUUUGAGGAGGUGCUCAGCUCCACAGCCCAGGCCAGUGCGCAGAGCACCUCGGGAGGCCCUCGCCAGGCCGAGGACGAGGCGCUGCAGUGCUAGACCCUUACAGCUUGCCUGGCCACCUGUGCCCCUGCGUCUCCAGAUACAAAGACCAAAAUCCCAGUGGCAAAGUCCCAGGCUCAGUGUUCUUAUUUAAACAGGCUCUCCAGGAGGCCUAACACAGUGAUUCCACUCUAUUUGUGUUGAUGAUGGACCACGUGACUAUCACCCGUGCUGUUUAUAGAUCGUCAUCUUUUCCAGGUCCCAAACAGAGCAGGCACCCAGUUGGUCAUAACGCUGGUCUGUGUCACCCAGCGUGUAUUUCCCUGACAGUCCGAGGUGAUGCCUGCUUUAGAUUUCCCUUGGCACCUUUCUGAUGUGCGUGACCUGUAAGGGCCAGGGGGUCCUUGCAGAUGAAGCUUGACACGCAUCUCCAGAAGAGGACAGCAAACUGCAGAUUCCCUCAAGCUGCUUGUGAUCUCCUUCAUAUCAACAAUGUAUGUUUAUUUAAGCAAUUAAAAUAAUCAUUUUAAUGGUGA